UUGGUCGGUAGAGGGCGCGCGCCUCUGUAGGUCACGUUAGCUACGGCAGACGAUUUCCGUGUUGUUUAUGAAUCCUCGUGCUGCACGUGGAGCUGUGACAAGCAAGAAUUACAUGCCGGGAUGUGAUCUAACUUACUCAUGAAUGCCUGACCCCUUACUAUGAAAGGAUGUGAGACUCCGCCAGCGCCCCCUCCCCCACCCCCGCCGCCUCCUCCCCCACUGAGGGUGGCGCCUGAGGCGGAGGAGCCAGGGGCCAUCGUGUGCUCGGACCAUGUCUGCCAGUCGCCUGAACACCUGGGAAGGGAGGCCUACCACAACUUCCUCAAUCAUCCCAACACAAUUGCCAAGUACCUGGAGGGGCAGUGUUACCUGUCGUUGUACCGCCCCGUGCAGCCGAUGAUACAGAAGGGGCCGCUAUGCGGGAUGGUGGCACUGGCAAUGGCUGCCCACCUCCUCUCUAAACAGGAUGUUUCAGCAGAAAGUAUCUUGGAGAAAAGCAAGAGUAAAAAAUACUCUCACCAAGGAGAACUAUUUUCGGCGGACUGGGUGAUCCAUCUAGCUCGGGACAUGCUGAGGUGUGAUGCUGAGCAGCUGGAGAUGACGGAGGGGCGUGGCGCUGUGGUGUGGAAGAUGCUGCGGGGGUCGCUGCUGCUGGUGCCUUAUGAUGCUGACAAGAAUCACUACCCCUGUCUGAAGAAAGGUCACAAGGCUCACUGGGCCCUUAUCACAGGAUUCUUCGUGGUGCUGGACAAGGCCCUUGAGAAGACCCUGAAGGACUACCUGCCCCCGGACCCGGAGGUGCCCAACUUGUACCACUGCAAGGACCCCCGGCAGCUGGUGGUGGUGCAGCAUCAGAUCGUCAAGUCCUGCAAGAUCGUGCACGUGUACGGACACCAGGGCAAGAGCAAGUACCCUGGCAUUUGGCCCCUGGAUGAUCUCCUCGCCAGUAACGCCAAUCUGCGCGAGAUCGACCCCGAGAGGGUCAAGGACAUACAGGACUACGUUGUCCCCGGGGGUGGCAUAAGGGCAGGACUGUGCGGCAGGAUUGUGACAGUCACAGCCAAGAAAUGACAUUACUGCUGCAUUAUUUGCCUCAACAAUAUUGUGAUUCUUCAAAUUAAGGAUCAGCUUAUGUUGAAAAGUUUGUAGUUAUUGCUUUAUCACAAAUUAUUUUGAGAUAUUUGAAAUGAAUGACAUUUUUGCAGUGAUAGAGAAUAAAGGGGUCAUUGAGGUGCUUCUUCACCCAUGGACCCCGUGAAUUUCUAACUUUAUCAUUUGGGUUAUGACAAGGACCACUUCUAUAUUUCUUAAACAGUUUUGUAUUUCCUUGAUAGAAUUAUGAAUAACAUGCAUUUAAGAACUAAGAGGUAAGGUCAGGUACUUGAAACCUCAUGUAUUUAUGCUUUUGUGAGUUGUGGGUAUAGUCUGCAGGGUAAAGCUGUCACCUCCUGGAUGCCCCAUUGUUUGCAAUUGGUACAGCUACCAGGGUGGCCUUUACCCAUUCGUUGUCAGAAUAGAGGAGGCAACCUCUCUCAUUCUACCUUAUAGUAUAUACUAUAUAUUAAAGAUAAGAUUAGGUAUAUAACAAGUAAAAGGUUGCAGUGCUAAAAGAUGUAUUAACACAGCGGGUACAGAAGAAGUGGGCUGGCCAGUGUAGCAUGGAUUAAAAACAUGAUGUCCAUGUCAGUUAAUAUUGGUUAUUGUGGGAUUGGCCUUUCCACAUGAAGUUAGGUACUUGAUGGCUGAAGUUGAGGGGGAGGUCCCAGGUGGACCAAUACCGUCUCGUUACCAAUGCUCUGGUUGGUCGGAUGAAAGGUCAUUCUGACGUGACCUGUAACAGAAGUCCUGUAGCAGUAGCGAUCACUAAGAUCUUAUUUCAGUGAGAUUGGAUACCCCCUUAUAUGCAGUAACUGUAAAUUAUACUUGUUUCAACAAAUGGUACACUAUGUAUCACAACACAUGUAAAGAUACAAGAGCAUUGUGCAGUAUGUAUCAAAUAGACAAUGGUUGAACGUGCACAGUGCAUAUAUGGCUGUAUUUAUGGAAGAUGGAACCAAUGGAAGAAACCUGUGAAAUCCUGUAGGCCCCUGUCCUUGUUGCCAGUGCAAUGUGUUGUAUCACGGUGGAGUAUCACGGUGGAGUAUCACGGUGAAGUAUCAUAAUAUAUUGCUGUGUAUGAUGAGUAUGCAGCACACAAUAAUCUCAUUUCACACAGUUUCCAUGAAUUUUAGGUAACUAUUUUCCUAACUAUUUUUGCAUGAUGGAUAUUGUGGCUAUAAGAUACUCCAGAUUACUGUCUUGCAAACCUUGCUGUAUUGGCGAUGUUGGUAUGGUUACAUAUAUAUGUGAGAAAGCGGAUAUUGCAGUGUAUUCAUUUGUUCUGUGUGCUGCAAGAGGCUGAAUCUGUUCAUAUUUUAUGAGUGCAUCCUUUAAAUUGCAAAAAUAUUUAAUGGCAAUGCAGGGGGUUGUUUAGUGAUGUGGUUGUGCUGUGGUGCAGGGUGUUUUAGUGACACAGGAUGUUGUAGUGUUGCAGGGGGUGGGGGGUGGGUUAUUGCGCUGCUGGGGUGUUAUAGCCAGAUGAUGUAGUCAUGCAGGGGUGUUUAGCAGGAUGUUAUUAUCAAGCAGGGGUGUUAAAGUGAUUCAGGGCAGUUUCAGCAAGAUGUUAUAGCAAUGCAUGUGGUGUUAUAGGGAGAUGUUAUGACCUUGCAGGGGUGUUAUAGCGAUGCAUUGGUCUUAUUGCGAUGCAGGGGUGUUAUAGCGAUUCAUUGAUCUUAUUGCGAUGCAGGGGUGUUAUAGCGAUGCAUUGGUCUUAUUGCAAUGCAGGGGUGUUAUAGCGAUGAAGGGGUCUUAUUGCAGUAUGUUAUGACCACUAUCCUGAGGUGUUAUUGGUGUUAUAACCAUGCUGGGAUGUUAUAGCGAUGCAGGGAUGUGAUAACGAUGCAGGGGUGUUAUAACAAGGAAGGUGGUAACAUGAGCUGAAUGUAACAAAUUUGAUUCUCAGACUGACCAAUGCCAAUGAUCAGUCAUAUCCCCAACAGAUUCCAGCACAUGUGUAAUAUGCUGGUGUCAGUUGAGAUGCAUGUAGGUGUGCACGAUGUAGAGUGUGGAUGCUACCUGCAUGCAUCGUGGUACAUCCCCAUUCUGGCCCUCCUCCAUGUUACUGGUGUUAUACAUGUAUGUUUUAUCGGAGGAUAUCCAUACCAUUCCCUAAGAUACAAUUGUAAAUUAUGUCUGAGUUUAAUUAACGUUAUUAAGGGAUACGAGUAACCUCACAACUUUGUGUAUAAACAAUACAUAAGUUGAAGUCCACGUGUCUCCCUAAUAGUCUGAGAGUCGAAAAGAUGUGAAAAUAAUGUGAGAGUUUGAUUUUUGCCUGUAACCAGGGAGUGUACAUAAGUCUUUCAAUGUUAUACUGCUGUGCAAAGUAUUUGUCUGGCAGAGUGAGCUGUGAGAAACAGGUAAGACAAAUGUGAAUCUCAGUUUAGACAAGUGUGAGACUGUUUAGACAAGUGUGAGUCAGUUUAGACAAGUGUGAGACAGUUUAGACAGUCGAGCUGUGAGAUGCAGCUCAGAUCAGUGUAGUAGAUUCCAUUCCUUCCCCAAGUACAUUCAAAAUCUUCUCAACAUUUCCUACUGAAGGCGAAGAGGUGAUAUACUAACAUAAACUCAUGGUCUAAGAUAGGAAACACAUAGUUAUGAAUCCUUGAAUACUAAUAUUUGAGGGACCAUGUUAGAUUAAGUUUCAGUUGCAGAAAGCUUUCUGAUGAAUAUGUUGCUAUUGUAGAUUCAGAAAUUUGAUUUGUUUUUUGAUGACAGUAAUUUAUACCAUUUGAAAUGUGUAACCUGCACUACAAUUUCUGUGAACUUUAGACAUUACAAGGAAAGGCUACAACAUAACAUUGAAUGUAGCCAAAUGAAAUCAUCUUCCAAAGAUGGUUGUGACAUCAUAACCAAGUGACGCCAGAGUUCCCUCCCUUGGAUCGUGUUCACUCUGGAAUUCACAGGAUUAAUUCACAUUAUGUUAAUCAGAUGUAUGGCUGUUUCAUGAAAUGAAAAAUAACCAAUAAUUGCAUAUCUGAAUUUUUAAAAGCUUUUUUGUGCUAGCGAUGCAUACUAUUUAUAUAUGUUUUGUUUUAACAUGAAGAUGACGUGGAGAUUCUGUGUAUUGCCAGACUGGGCUACUGUAGACAAACACUGCUGCAUGCCGUCACCGCUGUUGUUGAUUUUAUUGUUUUUCAGGCCUUUUUCUCCCGCGAUAAUGCAUGAAAAUAAAGUUUGAUACAUA